AUGUCGUUCUUUGUGAGUUUGCAUCCCGGCAAAGCCUGGAAGGCUUCGGGCUUCUCAAGUGACCACCUCACUAGUCAGUAGCGCUGGCGCCACUUGGGUGAUCACUUGAUGUCUCGAAGAAUCCUAGGAUCCUUCAGGGAGUACGGUAUAGUUGAUAGUCCAAUGAGAUGUAGCCCAAAAUUUCUCCUUUGAGAAUACUGAAAAUGUCAACAAAACUUGAUCUUACCGUAGCGUGAGAAGCAAUUCGGAGGGUUAGACAACUUUGGAGAAGUCUUUCAAUUUUUUUUCUAACUAUUAAGCCUGUUUUCAAUGAAUGGUGUUUGAGUAUUUUAGAACUCUAAAUGACGCCUCUACCAUUUCUGUAUGAGUUAUUUGAUUGUUUUUGUCAAUUAUCCGUAGCCUAGAGAGCCUAGAUUUUUUCCCAAUUCAACAUUUUUGAAGGAAAUCUCUAUCUAGCUGUAGCUUAAGCAAAAUUCGUAACUUCGAUACGUAUUUGUUCAUUUCAUCUCGUUUUCGAGUUAAAACACUUCAAAAGCUCAAAAUAGCGCUUUUUUUUGUCAUAGUUUGCGUAUUUUGCACACUUUGAAGCUCCAAUAGGCCAUUCCGCGCCAGCUUGUCACAUUUUUCUUUCCGUCAAAAGGCCAGGUCAAAUUUGGCCAAAAUCGCUUCAAGACCUUUGAUUCUUGGCGUUAUAAAAGCUGAAAUUUGAGCUAAUGUGGUAUACGGUCUUUUUGGCGGAAAAAAACGUGACAAGCUGGCGCGGAAUAGGCUAUAACUCGGAAACGAGAUCUAGUGCGAGACAUAUAAUUUUUGAGCAUUCAGAAACGUAACUUUGCAGAAAAAUGAAUAAGAAAUCAAUGACAACAUUGACCAUGUGGGAGUUCCUUUUCUUUCAAAUCUAGACUGUGAAAAGACUUGAAUCCAGACUCAUGAACUCAAAUAAAUCUCUGAAUAAAAGUCCGUUUUUGCUAAUUUCUUUCGACAAAUUAGGCAACAAUUUAAAAUUUGAAGAAUAGCCACUCCACGAGGGGUUCAGCUAAGUCUCUAAUGAUUCGAGGUUGUUUCCAGGACUUCCUCACACUAAGAAUAACUGACGAGAUAAACGCGAGGUCGGUGGCGGUACAUUGACGAACUCGCAAACAUGUUGCUUUUUCUAGCACAGCGUUCUAAAGCGGGGUUCCCGCCCCUUUUCUGAAAAUCAUGCGGACGUUGCAUGAGUAGGCGUGGCUAACAAUCGUCUUUUUCGCGUCGUAAUUAAGAGUCCGGAUUUUUUGAUUAUUUGAAGGCUAGCAUUUUUGUUUCCUGACAUUUAUAGUUUCCAAGUGUUGCUAGUCAUUUUCUUUAACUCUCUUAAAAUUUCGCAGUUUAUUUUCUUGUGGUUUGAUUGGUUCAAAGGACUACAUAAUUGUUCUGUUCACGAAAGUCGAAAUUUUUUUAACUCAGGUUUAAUUUUUUUUAUCCUGUUUAAGUAAUUGAAAACUGAUAAUGUGAUCGAUUCCUGGAGUUGAAAUUUCGAUUUUUCGGUUUUUGUCUCUUAGGUACAGACCAAUUACACCUUUUUUUGAAUUUUUUUCGUCAAGUCGAAAUUUUUUUUCUCUUUUGCGCGGACACUGACAGCUCUUGUUUAUUAGUUGGAAACUGAUAUUUUGAUCGAUUCUUGGAGUUGGAAUUUCGAUUUUCGGUUUCGUCUCUUGGAUACAGUAUUUUCUUUUAUAAACAACGUUUCGGCACAUAACCGAGCUAUGGACACUUCAAAAACUUUCUAAAACGUUUAAAAACAUUAAUUAAAAUUUUACGUGCCUAGAAACAAAAAAAAGAUUUUAAAAAACAAUCGAAAAAAGUUAAUAGCAUGUAAGUUAAAGAAAAAAAAGCACCUUGAUUUUGAUUGACAACGCUCCAAGUUACGCGCUCCAUUGAGAAUAGUUUGCGCCUCUUUCUGCGUGAACCCCGUUUUAGAACGCUGUGCUAGGCGCGAUCUCGCAUUUAUCUCGGCGCGAACUCGCAUUUUUCUCGCCGCGACCUCGCAUUUAUCUUGCAUUUCGGAAAUUUUCGAGAAAAAAAUUUUUAGAGAAAUGCGAGCUCACGCCUAGAAAAGUGCGAGCUGGCGCCCAGAAAAAUGCGAGACCGGCGCGAGAAAAAACGCGAGAUGUUUGCGAGCUCGUCAAUGUACCGCGUCAAUGUUAUUAGUGCAGAUCCUUAUAGUUUGAAAGUGGAACAAAAAAAUUAGUUUCUGCUCAUACUGAAAUGUAUCUUUUUCUCUACUUUUUCGAUCCUAAGCUAAGAUAAAGGUAAUACUUUCAUGAAAUUUCAGACGAAACUGACGACUGCUUUGAUGGCGAAAAAACCUCCGGGCCCCAAUCCUACGGCUACUAACAACAAGAUGGAAGAAAGUGGUGAAUCGUUUUUCAAAAAAAAAAAACUGCAACAAAGUAGGAUGAAAUAGAAAGGUUCUCAGUGUAAUUCCACCAUUUUUUUUUCUGAAACGAUGGGAUAUUUCGUUUGUACGGAAACUACUUACCAAAAUCCAAGCCAAUUUUAUACCACGAAAAGGAACGGGUCUACUCUAAAAAAUUUUCAGUCAACAAUAACAAUGUCCUCGUGUCCAUCAAAAAAGCGGCUACAGCGGAAGAAGUUAAGGUCCAGCCAUCGGUAGACUGUGCUCGCAAGCUGCCUUUUUGUCAUGGGUUUGUUUUCGAACUAACGAACUAAUUGCACAUUAUUCAUCAAUAAAUCACUUCAAUCGGUUACUAAUCAUCAGAUUUUUACAGGGUUUCGAAUUUGGGUUCUUUCCCAUCGAACCCUAUUUCCUGGUGUUCACAGAAUGUGUAGGAUUUCUCGGAUUUUACCAGGUUAAAACAGAGAUUUCAGGCUCGGGAAAUAA